AUGUCGCACAGCAAACGCAACACCUCCCUCGCCUUCUUCACCUCCCAUGAGCGCUCCCAGCUGCGCGGCACCUGGGGCACGCGCUCGACGCGCCUAUCCCGUGAUUCCUUCCUCCCCUUCGGCUCUUGUCAGCUAUGCUUGCUCCCCUCGCGCGACCCAGUCGCCUGCACACAUGGCGAUGUCUUUUGCCGCGAAUGCGCUGUUAGCAACCUUCUGGCACAGCGGAAGGAGAUCAAGCGCAUAGAGAAGGGGCGGGAGGCAAGAAUGAGGGAAGAGGAGGAGGAGAAGGGGAGGGAGGAGGAGAGGGCGAGGGAAAGGGCUGUGAGGGAGUUUGAGGCGGUGCAGAUGGGGUUGGGGAGCAAGUUGGGCAAGGGAAGGGAGAUCGUGGGCCGGGAGAGGGGAAAAGUGGUUGUUGAGGAGGUGGUGGAGGGUGCGGAAGCCGGCAAGAGAGGCGCGAAGCGGAAGUUUGAAAUCGACGAGGAGGAGCUACUAAGAAUUGCGGCGGAGGAGACGGGCAGGGUGAAGAGGGCGCUAAGCGAGGAGAAGAGGGAGGCGGACUCGAAGAAGCAUCUCCCAUCCUUUUGGGUGCCGUCGCAGACGCCGGGAAGUGAUGGGACAGCGACGGCGAACGGCGUGGAGUCAAAACCGGCGAAGCUUCAGUCAAUCUGUCCGGCGUCUGCGGAAGAUCAGCCCCACUCGUACGCCCUCAAGACUCUCGUCACGAUACACUUCACAGAGGAGAAAGCAACAAACGGCGGCGAUCCUGUUCGCAGCUGUCCGGCCUGUAGCAAGGCGCUCACAAAUUCCACCAAGGCUAUGCUCGCCAUCCCCUGCGGCCACGUCCUCUGUAAGCCUUGCACGACGCAAUUCAUGACGCCGCAUUCAGAGCCAGAUCCACACAAUCCGGAUCAUGAAGUCGGAGUGUUGAGGUGCUACGUCUGCAGCGAGGAUCUGACUGGUCCGAAAUCGAAGAAGGAAAGCAAGAAGGACAAGGAUCGCAUCAAGCCGGGCUUAGUAGAGGUGAGGAGUGAGGGCACGGGAUUUGCAGGCGGUGGGAAGAACAUGGUCAAGAGAGAGGGCGUGGCGUUUCAGUGUUAG